AUUAAACGUCAAAUUCCCACAGACCAGCACCAGACAGACGAGUCCUUUCUGCUUAUUUCAUUUGGCGCAAGGGACUAGCAGUAAAACAAACUCCCUGCAUAUCUAGGAGCCGGUUUCUGUUGCGGCCUGUCAGCGUCCCGAGGACGCACUGGUUGAAAAAAUGGCUCGCGGGCUCCGUAUCGCUGGGCUUGUUCUGGCAUUGUUGGCAUGCUCAGCAAUGGCUGCAGAUGAGCAGCUGCCCACAGCUGACCUGCUCAUCCCCCAGAACGAGGGUGACUACUCCAAUCUGCUGGCUUCCCUCAUGGACCAGCAACACAAGAUCCUCACCAGCACACUGGGUGUUGACCACCCACAGGUCGCCCUGGCCAGCACCCUGGUUGACCUCCAGUCAACGCUUGGCUCCCUGAUGGCCAACCUGACUUCAGACUACGCCAACUUUGUGAAGUUCAUCACAACCGCACCAACCUUCUUCAACCAGCUUUCUGCUGACGCAGCUCUGCUGAACAAGCAGAUCAUUGCGACCAUCACAGCGGUGUCACCAGCCUUUGCCAAGACUGUGAACCUUGCGGCUCCCCAGUUCUUUGUGAACAAGCCAAACACAAUCACAGCCUCGCAGACACUCGUGUCCGUCUCAGAGCAGCUCUUCUCUGUGGCACCCUGCCUGAUUGCCCUCUCCCAGACCGGCGUCCAAGUCAACCCAGUGCUCAUCGGAGUCAGCCCCAGGCUGAUCCAAGUGGAUGCAGUGGGAGUGCAGAUCCAGCCCGAGCUGAUCACAGUCGACCCCACUCUGAUCAACAUUGCACCCAACGGUGUCAGUGCAUCCCCCACCAAUGUGAAGGCUUCCCCCACCUUCAUUGACGUGUCCCCCACUGUCAAGGUGGUGCCCAACAGCAACAAGGCCCCCACCAUCAGCGCCGGAAUCGCCAUCAAGCCCAACCCAGACGGCUGGUCCGUCACCAACGAGUUCGGAAAGGUUGUGGCCAAGGGAGGAGCUCCCCCUCUGACCCCAGUCAACGCCGAUGGAUCCCCCAUCAAGGCGGCUGCCGCCAAGGCCCCCGCCACCGGCCGCAGGCUCUAGGCGCAUGCACGCACGCAGUGAAGCCAGAUUAGGCGUCAUUUGCCUCGACAUUUAAUGCUGCACAUUUCAUUGCCCAAUUCAUUGGCAGUCCUGCUGUCGGAGAGCAGGUCAGUGCCAACGGGAUGCUCACCCUUUUGUGCGCGCCACCUCCCUCGGUGCUGCACACUGGCCGCAAAACUGCUCUGAAAGCGCUUGGGGGGUUUUGCAUAGACGCGCACUCCAGGUUUAAAAUUUGAUGCUGUCAAGUCUGCAUGUAUGUAUGUUGCGUAGAGGGUCUGUUGGGACUGUAGUGUGAGCUGUUUUGUGGUGGCCCUUGUGUCAGGCUUCCCUCCACGGCCAGGUCUGUAGUGUAGCCAAGUUGUUUGUUUGUAGAAUCGUUGCGCAAUAAUUUUUUUUCAGUGGACCAAGCUGCCUCGACCAAGCAUUUCCUCCAAUGCUUGGCAGCAUUCGGGGUGUCAGUUACACCAUGUAACAGAGCUCCAAUAGCA